AUGCUUCUAUGGUCGUGGGUCGGCCAAAAAGUUCACUUUGACCCUGCUGGAACUGGUGCUCGACGACUUCGCAGCUCACCUCCUCCUGGCCUCCGACACCACUACAUCAUCGGCCAUUCCAAUCCUUUCGACGCCUUUGUACUUGGCUGGCUUCUAGAGAACUCCAAGCUCGAUAGUUGGAGGAUGUCUCGCGAUGACUUUGAAGUUUACUUCUCUGAGACACAGAUGGAGGACCCAGCAAACAAGGAGCUUCUUCAAAAACUUGAACAAGAGCGAGUGAAAGUCACAGUAGUCGACUCAUCUACGCCAACUGAGUUCGAGACCGAAGACAUUUGCGACGGAGUGAUGCUUACUAAAAGCGAUUACGUUCUCGAGACAUCUCUGGAACGAGGCUCCAGUUGCUGGAUAACAACAGACGCACUAUACAGAGACUCCCUCCGUCACGGUCAUCCCCAGCGCUACAACACUGAAGAACUCGCAAAGCGAUACUACGAUAACAGAUUAAAGAACAAAAUGGGUCACACAAAGCCAUCAUGUUCGUAUCCCCACGGCAAAUCCGACGCUUGGAAAUUCGAUCAUGCAGAAGGUUGGAAAAACUACAAAUGCAAAUCCUGUGGACAGAGGUGUAAGCGCAGUAAAGGCUGUAAAGUCACUGGUGAGGAUUGGGCGAAGAGGAAAGAUAUGAUAGCGUGGGAUGAAGGGGUUGAUACGUCGGCGCCGAGACCGCCUGAGUUCGAGAGGGAUUGGAGGAUGUUGACAGCGGAGGAUGUAUGUCACUAUUGGGGGACUGAUCCGAUGUCUUAUGAAAGAUUUAGGAAUUGGAAGUGGAGGUCUGUUGAUACGUUCACUGGAGAGUGA